AUGCUGGGCAUCCAACGACCUCACAUCAAAGCUCGCAUACUACCCAGGCUUACUGUGAGCUUCACAAAAGAUUGUCAUCUAUCCCAGCAGGUCCGAUCGACACGUAACCGGCCGAUUGACACAAGUAGUAGUCACUACUUUAAUUACACCUCUGGUCGGUGGCUUAUCAAUGAGGCGCACCAACUCCAAACGCGCCAUGUCAACUUCAACGUGCCAGCGCUACAGCGAAUUGCCGGUCAACUGAUGGAAAGCCGAUAUGUUCAAAUGAACAAAAUACCCGAGGGGCUUUUCAACAAGGUGUUUUCUUUGCAAAUAGAGAAUGGAAAGAAGAUUUUGGCGAGACUUCCGAACCCGAACGCCGGCCAUGCCCAUUAUGUCGUGGCCAGUAAAGUCGCCACACUUGACUUUCUCCGAACCGUUCUCAAGAUACCGGUCCCCCGUGUUAUCUCGUGCAGCUCUUCCCCGGAGGUGAACCCCGUCGGUGCUGAAUACAUCCUAAUGGAGAGGGUGGAAGACCAGCAACUAAGCGAUGUUUGGGAUGAUAUAUCCGAAGCUCAACGCUUCGGACUUGGUCCGACCACGCAGCGGUCCUUCUGGGGAGACCAGGAGCGCGGAUUGGAGAUGGACAAGGAGGAAACGGCCCAGAAGUAUUUCGCCGCUAUCGCAAAGCGGGAGAUAUCACGCAUACAGACUGCACACGGCAGAUCCAGCAGUGUCACUGCACCUGUGGGCAACACGCGACGAAGGCGUGAUGCUCACAUCCAGCUCCUUGAGCAAUAUCUAACCGUGCUGCCCUACAUCCUACCACGCGAAGAGAUCCUUACGCCGGUCCUUUUACACUCGGACCUCCAUCACCAUAAUAUCUUCGUCGAUCCGUCCAAUCCCACUAAAAUCUCCAGCAUAAUCGACUGGCAAACCGUCCACACCGCCCCAUUAUUCAUGCAAGCGAGGUUCCCUUCGAUCUUCAACUGCGACGACAUAUACCCAUGGGGAGCAGUUCAACCCAAGCUACCCGAGGAUUUCGAAACCCUCUCGGCGGCCGAAAAACGACAAGCGGAAGAUCAGCUUGACCGGCUCCGAUUGAAAAAGUUCUACGAGCUGGCGUCACGGAAGUUCAACCCGGCGCUUAUCGAUGCGAUGGACAAGAUGCGAGAUGAUAGUGACCCGACCACUUUCCUAUUUCAUAUUGUCGAACGGUCUUCCGAGGACGGGCCAAUGCCAUUGAAGGAACUGUUGAUCCAGGUGUUUGAGCAAUGGGCCCGCAUUAUGGAACGGCGAGGCUCCACCGAACCGUGCCCCAUCUCGUUCUCGAGGACCGAGAUCGAAGAGAGUCGGCAGCAGGUCGGAGCCUGGGCAGCCGCGUUCGGGGAAUAUGAUGGUCUGCGGGCGGAACUGCUCGGUGACGAGGGCUGGGUCUCCCAUGAUGACUACGAGGAAGCGAGGAGCAGGUGGGAGAAGAACAAGGCGACUCUGGAGAGCUUACGGGAACGAUUGGAGACCUUGCUCUGA